GCCAAAUUCUGGUGGGGUUCUAAUGGAGAGUCUAGGAAAAUUCAUUGGAAAUCCUAGAAGGCCCUUUGUAAAUCAAAAUUCUGUGGUGGUUUGGGUUUUCGCUCUCUUGUUCAUUUCAACCAGGCUAUGUUAGCUAAACAAGCUUGGCGUAUUAUGGACAAUCCUAACUCUCUUCUUAGUAGGAUUCUCAAAGCUCAUUAUUUUUCCCAUUCUUCUAUUCUUACUGCUGUCCCUGGUCACAACCCUUCUUUCACUUGGAGAAGCAUUUUAUGGGGUAGGGAUUUGUUGGCUUCAGGACUUAUCUGGAAAAUUGGGAGUGGGAAUGAUAUUCAUACCAUAUCUGACCAUUGGCUACCUAAUCAUAAAUAUAAAUCUUUCUCAAGUAAUAUCCAUCCUCCUGCCCAGUUUUUAUCCUACUUUAUCUCUGCCUCGGGGACUUGGGAUGUUAAUAGGUUGAGUGCUUAUUUUGAUAAUUCUAUCAUUAAUGAUAUUCUUGAAGUGCCAGUUGCAGGGUGUUAUGGUAGGGACUCUCAGAUUUGGGAGAAGACAAGUUCAGAUGUUUUUUUUGUUAAAUCCGCCUAUCAUUUGGCUUCCUCUUCCCUGGAUAUUCCUUCUUCUUCUUCCUUCACUUCUUCUAAAAAGUUUUGGUCCCGUGUUUGGUCUCCUACUAUUCCUCCCAAGGUUAAAUUGUUUAUCUGGAGAAUGCUAUCUAAUGUUCUUCCUGUUGCAACUUCUCUCUUUUCUAGGAAAGUUCUUGAUUCUCCUCUUUGUCCUAUUUGUCAAUUUGCCCCUGAGAGUAUCAAACAUGCUAUGCUAGACUGCUCUAGAUCCAGAAAGGCAUGGAGAUCUUCCAGCAAAGACAGGUGCCAAGAUCAGGUCCAGUUUUUAACUCAGUCUCUGCAAGGGUUCAACCAUCUGGUUCCAAUGUUUUCAAAAUUUUCACUGAUGCAGCCACUGAUUCUCAAAGGAAAAAACAUAGUAUUGGAGUGGUUCUUUUGGAUGGUUGUAAUCGAGUAAAGGCAGGUUUCUCUACUACUUUUUCUGGACUUGUUCCUCCUGCUGUUGCCGAAGCCAAAGCAGUUCAUCAAGCUAUCCAAUGGGCUCAACUGCUUCGAUUUCCGGUGGAUGUAUUGAUGACAGAUUGUAAAUCUAUAGUAGAUAAACUUAAUACUUGUAAUUGGAAUAAUAGUGUGUUUGAUGAUGUAAUUUGUAGCAUUAAGAACUUGUUAUCGUUCAGUCCAGGCCUAACCAUUUCUCAUGUUGGUAGGGAUUUUAAUCUUUUAGCUCAUAAGGUAGCUAGGCUGGGCCUUGGAUUAGAUAAUGAGUUAAUUUGGAAUGGUUCUCUACCUUCCUUUUAGGUGUGUUGUAACACAUGUUUCUUUCCAAAAAAAAAAGAAAAAAACAAUAAGUAGGUGAGAACUUUAAUUAAAGCUUUGUAAAUAAUUUGAUCUGAUAUUCAAAAACAAAAAAAAAAAAAAAGUUAUUCAUGUUUUAG